ACGGAUAGUGAAGCAGGCUCAGAGAGGCCAAGCUCUGUGCCCAGGGGUUACCCAGCGGGAGAUGCCGCAGGGAAUCCCUCGUUUGAGGGCUGUGCUGCCCUGGGCCCUCGGCUGGCCCCGGCAGCCGCGGGUAUCCUGGGCUCUGCGAGGGCUCCCCGCCCCCGACCCGGGACCGGCCCGGGAGCAGCGCGGCGGCGGCGGCAGCAGCGGCGGCGGGCGGCGCGUGGCGAAAGUGCGGCUGCGGAAGCGCGGCGAGGCCGGCCGGCGGCGCGAAGGAGGAAGUCGGGGGAGGCGCGGGAGCUGCGGGGCCUGCGGGGCCGGCCGGACGCCAUGGGCCGCCUGCACUGCACGCAGGACCCCGUGCCCGAGGCCGUGGGCGGCGACAUGCAGCAGCUGAACCAGCUGGGCGCGCAGCAGUUUUCAGCCCUGACAGAAGUGCUCUUCCACUUCCUAACUGAACCAAAAGAGGUGGAAAAGUUUCUGGCUCAGCUCUCUGAAUUUGCCGCCACCAAUCAGAUCAGUCUCGGUCCCCUCAGAAGCAUCGUUAAGAGCCUCCUUCUGGUUCCAAAUGGUGCCCUGAAGAAGAGUCUCACGGCCGAGCAGGUCCGGGCUGAUUUCAUAACUCUGGGUCUUAGUGAGGAGAAAGCCACUUACUUUUCUGAAAAGUGGAAACAGAAUGCCCCCACCCUUGCUCGAUGGGCCAUAGGUCAGACUCUGAUGAUUAACCAGCUUAUAGAUAUGGAGUGGAAAUUUGGAGUGACAUCUGGGAGCAGUGAACUGGAAAAAGUGGGAAGUAUUUUUUUACAAUUAAAGUUGGUCAUUAAGAAAGGAAAUAAAACCGAAAAUGUGUACAUAGAAUUAACCUUGCCUCAGUUCUACAGCUUCCUGCACGAGAUGGAGCGAGUCAGAACCAGCAUGGAGUGUUUCAGCUGAUUUCUGUCCCCUGCAUCUCCCCCUCCCCUUGUCACCCCCUUCUCCCCUCGCCACCCCCUUCCCACCCCCACCCCCACCCCCGGGUGACUGCUCCGCUGGGAGAGGCAGCUUACUCCCAGGCCUGUGGGCCACUCCUUUGGACCCGCUGGCUUCUUGGAAGCCCAGGUGCAAAGGUCUCUGAAAAACAACGGGAUUAAGUACUUAAAGAGCCUGACAGGAUGACCUUCCUGAAGAGUCUUUGUUGAGGGACCCUCCGCCACCUAUCUCCCGGGUCACCGUUUAGAUAUUCAGAGAGGCGAUUGCAUCUCAGACGCAGGGGAGGAAAUAAGUUGAGUCACCUCCCCUUCAAAGUUCCAGAGUAAACAAAUGGUCUGCCACUCAAAAUACACACUGAUUGCCCUCCCCUGCAAAAGAGCAAGGGCUUGUUUAUGGCUGAGGAAGAGGCAGACUCUCUGAAUGACACAGGCGGGGAGGCCCCAAAGCAGGCUGUGUGUGCGGCGGCGGUGCAUUGCUAAUCAGUCCUUCAUGGGGCACCCCUGUAAGGAUACUGCUUGGCCUGCUCUGAGGAGAACUGAGGCUAAACUCUGUCCUCGUUUUCAGGUUUUGCCUUGUAAUGAGGUGGGCCUUUUGAGGCUAUUUUAGCUUGUUUGGGUUCAAGCUGAUCUUCUCUGUGGGUUAAAUGAUGAAUAAAAAAAGGUUCUGAAGAACGAA